AGUAAGAAAAGGUGGAGAGAGAGAGAUGGAGGGGAAAGAAGAAGAAGAAGUGAAGAAGGGAAGUUUGAGAAAGGGUUUCUGGAAACCAGAAGAGGAUAUGAUACUGAAGAAAUAUGUGGAGAGUCACGGCGAAGGCAAGUGGAGCUUAGUAUCGAAGAAAACAGGAUUGAUGAGAGGCGGCAAGAGCUGCAGGCUGCGAUGGAAGAACUACCUCAGACCUAACAUCAAACGAGGCAUUAUGUCUCAAGAUGAGAAGGAUCUUAUUAUUCGCCUGCAUAAGCUUCUUGGCAACCGUUGGUCGUUGAUCGCCGGUAGGCUACCCGGUCGGACCGACAACGAAGUCAAGAACUAUUGGAAUACCCAUUUGAACAAGAGGCCCUCGAGGGCUCAAAUUCACGAGCCGCCGCCGCCGCCCACCCUGAUAGAAGCGGCGCCGCCCAUCGCCAAAAUAGAGGGGGGAAAUGCAGGUACCUGGAUUGGCAAUGGCAUGCAUCCGGAUUUCGAGGCCUACACUUACAUGCCCAUUUUGGACAAUUUGGUUUAUUCGGCGUCGUUUGAUGAAAUAAUCAUGCAUGAGCAUGACCAAACCAUAUUUAAUUUCUAUAGCUUGCUUAAUUAGGGUAACGUUAUAUAUAAG